AUGUCUCCUACGAACGGAGUGAAGACCAAUGGCCACGGCAACUCCUUUGCCGCAAAGCACAAUAUCCCCUCACAUUUUAUCGGCGGAAAUCGGCUAGAUCUAGCUCCUCCAAGCAAGGUCAAGGAUUUCGUCGCGGCCCACGAUGGCCACUCAGUUAUCACAUCGGUGCUUAUCGCCAACAACGGUAUCGCCGCCGUCAAAGAGAUCCGAUCAGUAAGAAAAUGGGCAUAUGAGGUUUUCGGCAAUGAGCGCGCCAUCCAGUUCACCGUCAUGGCCACGCCGGAAGAUUUACAAGCUAAUGCCGACUAUAUUCGUAUGGCGGAUCAAUAUGUCGAAGUACCUGGAGGAACCAACAAUAACAACUACGCUAACGUCGAAUUGAUUGUUGAUAUUGCCGAGCGAAUGGACGUCCAUGCUGUAUGGGCCGGCUGGGGUCACGCUUCAGAAAACCCAAAGCUUCCAGAAGCCUUGGCUGCUUCUCCCAAGAAGAUCAUCUUUAUUGGUCCCCCAGGCUCUGCCAUGCGAUCUCUGGGAGAUAAGAUUUCGUCCACAAUUGUUGCACAACACGCUAAUGUGCCUUGCAUUCCCUGGUCAGGAACCGGCGUUGACCAAGUCAGAGUCGAUGAGCAUGGAAUUGUGACCGUGGAUGACGAUGUAUAUGACAAGGGUUGCACCCAUUCUCCUGAGGAAGGUUUGGAGGCUGCACGGAAGAUCGGCUUCCCUGUCAUGGUCAAGGCUUCCGAAGGAGGUGGUGGUAAAGGUAUCCGAAAGGUUGACCGGGAAGAAGACUUCGUCUCCCUAUAUAAUGCCGCUGCUAGCGAGAUCCCAGGUUCGCCGAUUUUCAUCAUGAAGUUGGCCGGCAACGCUAGACAUUUGGAAGUGCAGUUGCUGGCUGAUCAGUAUGGCAACAAUAUCUCUCUCUUUGGACGUGAUUGCUCGGUCCAGAGACGUCACCAAAAGAUUAUCGAAGAGGCCCCAGCCACUAUUGCGAAGCCCAACACUUUCCAAGCAAUGGAGCGUGCUGCAGUCAGUCUGGGUAAAUUGGUCGGUUAUGUGUCUGCAGGAACUGUCGAAUACCUCUACUCCCAUGCCGACGAUAAGUUCUACUUUUUAGAACUUAACCCACGUCUUCAGGUCGAGCACCCUACCACGGAGAUGGUCACUGGUGUCAACCUCCCAGCUGCCCAGCUUCAAAUUGCAAUGGGUCUCCCCCUUCAUCGUAUUCGCGAUAUUCGUCUCCUAUACGGCGUCGACCCUCACACCUCCUUUCCCAUCGAUUUCGACUUCUCAAAUGAAGACAGCCACAAGGCUCAGCGCCGCCCUCAGUCCAAGGGACACUGCACUGCUUGCCGUAUCACCUCCGAAGACCCUGGUGAGGGCUUCAAGCCGUCUAGUGGCACAAUGCACGAACUUAACUUCCGCAGUUCUUCCAACGUUUGGGGUUACUUCUCUGUCGGAACCGCUGGUGGAAUCCACAGUUUCUCCGACAGUCAAUUCGGUCACAUUUUCGCGUAUGGUGAGAACCGUACCGCUUCUCGCAAGCACAUGGUUGUUGCCCUGAAAGAACUCAGCAUUCGUGGUGAUUUCCGAACCACGGUUGAAUACUUGAUCAAAUUGCUCGAAACACCCGCUUUUGAAGACAACACAAUCACAACAGGUUGGCUUGAUCAGCUGAUUUCUAACAAGCUGACUGCCGAGCGUCCCGACCAGGUCGUUGCUAUCAUUUGUGGUGCAGUGACCAAAGCCCAUUUGGCUAGCGAAGGCUGUAUCGCCGAGUAUCGUUCAAGCUUGGAACGCGGGCAGGUUCCGCCGAAGGAAGUUCUCAAGACAGUCUUCCUGGUGGAUUUCAUCUACGAGGGUUCCCGUUAUAAAUUUACCGCAACUCGGGCUAGUUCGGACAGUUACCAUCUCUUCAUUAAUGGUUCCAAGUGCUCCGUCGGUGUGCGUGCUCUAGCUGACGGUGGUUUACUUGUCCUGAUGAAUGGCCGCAGCCACAACGUCUACUGGAAGGAAGAAGCUGCCGCUACUCGUUUGAGUGUGGAUGGCAAGACUUGUCUCCUGGAGCAAGAAAAUGAUCCAACCCAAUUGCGUACUCCCAGCCCUGGUAAAUUGGUCAAAUUCACCGUUGAGAACGGUGACCGUGUUAAGGCCGGCCAACAUUUCGCAGAAGUUGAAGUCAUGAAAAUGUACAUGCCUUUGAUCGCUCAAGAGGACGGUACUGUCCAGUUCAUCAAGCAGCCAGGAGCUACUCUAGAGGCCGGUGAUAUUCUCGGUAUCCUGGCCUUGGACGACCCAUCUCGUGUCAAACAUGCCCAGCCCUUCACUGGACAACUUCCAGACUUGGGACCCCCUCAAAUUGUUGGUAACAAGCCUCCUCAGAAAUUCACACUCCUUCGCGGCAUUCUGGAGAACAUUCUCAAGGGCUACGACAACCAAUUCCUUAUGAAAGCUACCUUGAAAGAGUUGAUUGCUGUUCUACGUGAUCCCGAGCUUCCUUACGGCGAAUGGAAUGCUCAAUUCGCUGCUCUUCACUCGCGUAUGCCAGGAAAGCUCGGCUCUCAACUUUCACAAGUUGUUGAACGUGCCAGAUCCCGACAAGCCGAGUUCCCAGCGAAGCAACUUCAAAAGACCCUCCUCAAGUUUAUCGAGGACAACGUCAACCCAGCGGAUGCGGACAUCCUCAAGACUACAUUGGGACCGAUUGUUCACGUCAUCGAUCUCUACAAGGAUGGCUUGAAAGUUCACGAAUACGAGGUAUUUAUUGGCCUUUUGGAACAAUACUACGACGUCGAAAGCAGAUUUACUGGGCGCAACACUCGUGAUGAAGAGGUUAUCCUGAAGCUUCGUGACGAGAACAAAGAGGACAUUUCGCUUGUUCUCCAAACUGUCUUGUCUCACACCAAGGUUGGCACCAAGAACAACCUGGUCCUCGCUAUUCUAGACAUUUAUCGUCCCAACCAACCCCAGGCUGGCAAUAUCGGCAAAUACUUCAAGCCAAUUCUACGCAAGCUCACAGAAUUGGAAUCUCGUGCCGCCUCUAAGGUUACCCUCAAGGCUCGCGAGCUCCUUAUCCAGGCUGCUCUGCCAUCUCUGGAGGAGAGAGCUACACAAAUGGAACAUAUCCUCCGCUCCUCUGUGUUGGAGUCUCGCUAUGGUGAAGCUGGCUGGGAUCACCGAGACCCUGAAUAUGGAGUCUUGAAGGAGGUGGUUGAUUCCAAGUAUACGGUCUUCGAUGUUCUUCCCCAAUUUUUCUCGCACUCUGAUCACUGGGUCACACUUGCGGCACUUGAGGUAUAUAUUCGCCGUGCUUACCGUGCUUAUACCGUGAAGGACAUACAAUAUCACACCGACGGUGAACAACCUUUUGUCUCUUGGGACUUUGCCUUGGGUAAGCUCGGUCAGGCGGAUUUUGGUCUUCCAAUCUCAUCCUCUCACCCAUCGACUCCUGGCACUCCCACUGCCGAAAGCUCAAAUCCUUUACAGCGAAUCAAUUCCAUCAGUGACAUGUCUUAUCUUGUUGAUGCUGAGGCUAGUGACAUCCCACGUAAGGGUGUCAUCAUUCCAGUUCAGUACUUGGAAGAAGUUGAUGAGCAAUUGGUGCAUGCUCUCGAAGUUCUUCCUCGAAAAAUCACGAAGCCUAAGAAGACUAAUCUUCUCACCGCUGACUUGAGCGGCAAACGCAGACCACCUCAACUUGCUGACAGUGAAGGAGAACUCUCUGGAGUUUGCACUGUUGCUAUUCGUGAUGUUGAAGACCUUGAUGAUGCCGAGCUCUUUGCUCAAUUCAAGAAGGUUGUCGUAGACCACAGGGAAGAUCUUUUGUCAAGAAAUGUCCGCCGCAUCACAUUCAUUUGCGGGCACAAAAACGGCACUUACCCCGGCUACUUCACUUUCCGUGGCCCCCUUUACGAAGAGGACGAAAGCAUUCGUCACAGCGAGCCUGCGUUGGCAUUCCAGCUUGAACUAGCCCGCUUGUCUAAGUUCAAAAUUAAGCCCGUCUUCACCCAGAACCGCAACAUCCACGUGUAUGAGGCUAUCGGAAAAGGCCCUGAGAACGAACGUCAAACGAUUGACAAGCGUUACUUCACCCGUGCUGUCGUGCGUCCAGGCCGCCUUCGUGAUGAUAUCCCUACCGCAGAGUAUCUGAUUUCCGAAGCUGACCGCUUGGUGAAUGAUAUUCUAGAUGCUUUGGAGGUCAUUGGUAACAACAACUCCGAUCUUAACCAUAUUUUCAUGAAUUUCUCCCCCGUGUUCCCUCUACAGCCCAAGGAUGUUGAAGAAGCCUUAGCUGGGUUCUUGGAUCGCUUCGGUCACCGUCUGUGGAAACUCCGUGUCACAGGAGCCGAGAUUCGUAUAUUGUGUACCGAUCCUGCUACUGGCCUGCCUUACCCUCUUCGUGUUAUCAUCAACAACACUUUUGGUUUCAUCAUUCAGGUUGAGCUAUAUGUCGAGAAGAAAUCUGAAAAGGGGGAAUGGAUUUUCCACAGCAUUGGAGGGACAAACAAGAUUGGCUCCAUGCACUUGCGUCCUGUGUCAACACCAUAUCCUACAAAAGAGUGGCUACAACCAAAACGCUACAAAGCGCACUUGAUGGGUACGCAGUACGUGUACGAUUUCCCGGAACUUUUCCGUCAAGCUUUCCAGAAUAGCUGGACAAAGAGCAUUGAAACGGUUCCAUCGCUUGCGGAGAAGCGUCCCCCAGUUGGUGAGUGCAUUGAAUACAGUGAGCUCGUGCUGGAUGACACAGACAAUCUUGUCGAGGUGUCUCGCGAGGCUGGUACAAACACCCAUGGUAUGGUAGGCUGGGUUGUCACUGCGUACACCCCAGAAUAUCCUCGUGGACGAAAAUUCAUCAUCAUUGCCAACGACAUCACUUAUCAAAUCGGCUCUUUCGGACCCCAGGAAGACAAGUUCUUCCACAAGUGUACUGAGCUUGCCAGGAAACUUGGCAUUCCUCGCGUCUACCUUUCUGCCAACUCUGGUGCUCGUAUUGGCAUGGCCGAUGAAUUGAUCCCUUAUCUGAAUGUUGCUUGGAACGAUCCGUCGAAACCGGAGGCUGGUUUCAAGUACCUCUACUUGACACCCGAAUUCAAGAAGAAAUUGGAUGAACGUAAGGUUAAGGAAGUCAUUACUGAAGCUAUCCACGAAGAUGGCGAAGAGCGCCACAAGAUUACGGCCGUCAUUGGUGCCAAGGACGGAUUGGGUGUUGAGUGCCUUCGGGGCUCGGGUUUGAUUGCCGGUGAGACUGCUCGUGCCUAUGAGGAUAUUUUUACAAUCACUCUGGUCACCUGCCGUUCCGUUGGUAUUGGUGCAUACCUUGUUCGACUUGGCCAGCGUGCCAUUCAAGUCGAAGGCCAGCCGAUUAUCCUUACCGGUGCUCCAGCUAUCAAUAAACUGCUCGGUCGCGAAGUUUACACUUCCAACCUGCAGCUUGGUGGUACCCAAAUCAUGUACAAGAACGGUGUUUCCCACAUGACAGCCAACGAUGACUUUGAAGGUAUUCAGAAAAUUGUCGACUGGAUGGCCUUCGUGCCCGACAAGAAGCAUUCUCCUGUGCCCAUCCGGCCAUGGUCUGACAAUUGGGAUCGGGAUAUUACUUAUGUCCCUCCUCCCAAGCAACCAUAUGAUGUUCGAUGGCUCAUUGGUGGAAAGGACGAUGCGGAUGGAUUCCUUUCUGGUCUUUUCGACAAGGAUUCGUUUGAAGAGAGUCUUGGUGGCUGGGCUAGAACCGUUGUUGUUGGCCGUGCUCGUUUGGGUGGUAUCCCUAUGGGUAUUAUUGCCGUUGAGUCUCGUACUGUCGACAAUGUUACCCCUGCAGACCCCGCCAAUCCCGACUCGAUGGAGAUGGCCUCUAUGGAGGCCGGUGGUGUUUGGUACCCCAACUCUGCCUUCAAGACCGCUCAAGCCCUGCAGGAUUUCAACAAUGGUGAACAGCUUCCGGUAAUGAUCUUGGCCAACUGGCGUGGUUUCUCUGGCGGUCAACGCGACAUGUACAAUGAGGUCCUCAAGUAUGGUUCUUACAUUGUUGACGCUCUCGUCAAGUAUGAGCAACCGAUCUUUGUCUACAUCCCACCGUUUGGCGAACUUCGUGGUGGUUCCUGGGUCGUUAUUGACCCAACUAUUAACCCGGACCAAAUGGAAAUGUACGCGGACGAGGAAUCUCGUGGUGGUAUUCUGGAGCCUGAGGGUAUUAUCAACAUCAAGUUCAGACGUGAGAAGCAGCUUGAUACUAUGGCACGCCUCGAUACCGCCUACGGUGACCUCCGAAGACAACUCGAAGACAAGUCUCUCAGCAACGAACAGCUGUCUAACAUUAAAACCAAGAUGGCUGCUCGUGAAGAACAGUUGCUUCCGGUCUACACACAGAUUGCCUUGCAAUUCGCUGACCUUCACGACCGUGCCGGACGCAUGGAAGCUAAGGGCACCAUCCGCCAAACUCUUACAUGGAAGAAUGCUAGACGGUUCUUCUACUGGCGUCUGCGUCGUCGUUUGAGCGAGGAACUGAUCUUGAAGCGCAUGAUUGAAGCGCAACCUAAGCCAGUAGCUCGCAAUGGCAGCAAGGGUGCUCUCCCUACCAGUGGAAUUGUGGCUCCUCAGUCGUCCGCUCGUGACUCUCAUCUCCAUACUCUGCUCUCCUGGAGUGGUCUGUUGAAUGACGAAUUCGAGCACAAUGACCGCAAGGUUGCCUCUUGGUAUGAGGAAAACCAGAAGAACAUCCACGCCAAGAUUGGACAAUUGAAGACUGACACCGUCUCAUCUGAUGUUGCCCAGCUUUUGAUGAGCAACAAGGAGGGUGGUCUCAAGGGUGUUCAGCAAGUAUUGAGUAUGCUGCCUACUGAAGAACGGGAGUCAGUUCUCAAGUAUUUGGGCUCGCCAUAA